CAAUGACAUUUCACAAACAUAACCUCACUCUAUUCCUCACUUUCAAAAUGUUUAUCAAGUGUACGUUUCCUGCACAAAGUACAAAAGAUACAUAAAAUUGCAUUUGCGAUAAAAACAGUGACAAAAUUUCGCAUAACUAAACAUAUAGGUAGUACAAAUUCAUUAAAUAUUUAUAAGUUUCAACAAUGACCAGCUUAAGAUUUAGCACUAUUUUAAUGAAAAGGGCGCUGGAGCGAUGCAAGCGUCGCCCCCCCGUGACCAUGCUGUGGUUACAACAGUACUUUCCUCAAUGCUCAGGGUGCUCCUCACAGUACCGCCCCUUCUGCACUACGUCGAACAAUGAAAAUGAGCACUUCACGCAUGGCAAACUUCUCCAUAAAACCGACCUCAAGGCCUACAUUAAACAGAACAAAGAUAAGCUACGAAACACUGAACAACGACUCAAACAUAAAGGAAGCGUGAUUAUCCAAGAUAUUAGAGAAACUACUGACAAAAUGAAAGAAAAAGUUGAAGAAGUUAUAGAGCGCGAAAAUAUUUAUACUAUACCCAACCUUCUGUGCGUUUCUAGAAUACUCGUUUCGCCGUAUUUGGGGAUGUUGAUUGUGCAGGCAGAUUUUAAUUUUGCUUUAGGUGUCUUGGGAGUUGCUGCAGUCACGGAUUUACUGGAUGGCUGGAUUGCUAGAACUUGGGAGAGUCAGUCUUCAAAAAUGGGCAGUUUUUUGGAUCCCAUGGCUGACAAAGUCUUGAUUGCUACUUUGUUUUUAACCCUCACGUACGCGGAAUUGAUACCAGUGGCCUUAACGUGUAUGAUUAUCGCACGUGACGUGUUAUUAGUGACCGCCGGAUUUGUUAUAAGAUACAAAUCUCUACCUCCACCUCGCACUUUGAGCAGAUAUUUUGACGUAACGCACGCCACUGCUCAAUUGGCCCCUACGUUCAUCAGUAAAGUUAAUACUGGUGUACAACUGUUGUUAGUAGGUUCCACUUUAGCGGCUCCCGUUUUUCAUUACGUGGGUCACCCAAUGUUAGAGUGCUUGUGGUACAUAACAGGAGCGACGACUGUCGCAGCUGGGGCUAGUUAUCUCGUUUCCAAAAAUACUUACAGAUUUUUGAAACAAACACAGCCUAAAAAGUAGAUAUUAUAGACUGACUUUUGUAUGAAGUGUGAUAUGAAUGUAUUUAGAUACAUUUUUAUAAAAUCCUUGUAGAUUACGUAUAACGCGAUGGUUUUUAAAACUUAAAAAAAAAUAAACUUUACUCAACUAGUUUACAUAAAACGUCCUCGUUCAUAUAAAAAUAUAUUUGGUAAAAAUAAACGUAACAGUAAAAUCAA